AUGAAUUUCGCCUGGGUAUCUGAUUUAUCAAGUACUCGCAAACGCCCAUCUUAUACCUCAAAGUUAUCUGUACCCGCGUCGACUUCUCCUGAAUUGAGGAAUCAGGAUGCCCUUGGGAUUAAUCAUGGGUUUUCUGUGAAUACUUCGCCCUUGAGACGAUCGCGUGCUGAUACUAUGCCGUCGCAAUCGUCGGCGUUCCCCUAUGCACAAGAUGGGUAUGCCAAUUUGGCCGUUUCCCAGCUUCAACAAUCACGCCAUCGUUCCGGUUCGGUUACACUUCCGGCAGCUGACCGUGAUGCCGACAAUGAGCUUCCACAGUACGAUGUAUCCAGUCCUAUUGAUGAAAACACCUUGGCAAGUACGCUGGCUUCGCUCGGAUUGGACGACGAUCAUAUUCCUGCCGCGUCGGCAAUUCACCCUUAUCCCACAUCAAGAAAUCGCUCUUACACCGUUACCGGUCGUAACUUCGUCGAUCCGCCCGACGUUGGCUUGAUGCCGCCAAGUUUACAUUUUAACCCUUUUCCUCCUCAAACACGCCAAAGUCUUUCUCGUCCUCGCGCUGUCAGUGUGGGGGUGGCGGAUGUGGCGAAGCACCCGUCCCCUUUCGCAUCGUAUCUCCAGGAACAAGGGUCGCCCCAUUUGCAGCCUUCUUUAUCGUCGUCGGCUGUUGCCAGUCAACCGUUGAGAAGUUCUCGCAGUAGCAGUAACCUUGCUGAACUCACCAAUGACUUUUUGUCUCAGUGGUCAUUCCAAUCCAUGGGAACCAAAGAACCCUUGGCUGACGUUCCGGAACUCGAUGGAAAGUUGGGAAACACGCCGAGUCUCGGUUCUCCCUCUUCGACCUCUGCCCAAAUCCCCUCUCGCGCUUUGUGGUUGGGCAAUAUCAAUGCAUCCCUCAGCGUACCUGAUCUCUUGAAAAUAUUUUCAGUGUAUGGUCAUGUGGAAAGCGCUCGUAUUCUGUCCGACAAGGAAUGUGCAUUUGUCAAUUUUGCCUCGGUGGAAUCGGCCGUAGCGGCUAAAACCGAUCUUGAAACACGUUUGGGAAGCAGAUUGGCAGGAUCGCCGGUGAGAGUAGGUUACGGUAAAGCCGAUGUGAACCUGGCCAUCGCACUGAGCAAUGAAUCGGGACCCAAUGCACAAGGACCAACACGUGCUUUAUGGGUGGGCAAUAUUCCUGCCAAUACGAGCCCUGCAACGCUUCGAUCGAUCUUCCAACCUUUUGGUACCAUUGAGUCCGUUCGAGUGUUGUCACAUAAAAAUUGCGGCUUUGUGAACUACGAACAUCAGGAAGAUGCGGUUCUUGCACGCAAAGUUUUGCAGAAUAAGGAAAUAUUGGCUCCCGGCACCGGCGCUGUGCGUAUCGGAUUUGCCAAAGUGCCUUCCACACCAGUAGAGGAAGUCGAGGAACCUAACCCACCCCAGCAACCCAUACCAUCCAAUAUUCCAGAAACUUACCAGGCCACGCAAUGGGCGACGGCCAUGAUGAUGACCAGUAUGAUGAUGAACGCCUCUGGCAAACAACAAACUACCCAGCCUAGUCUUUAUACCGCAAUUGCUGCUGAACGUGAAUUUAUCAUGCAACAACUUGGAUAUCAGCGUGCUAAUCACGAACAAAGCGAACGGAUUCCCUUGAGCUAUUGCUCAGUGAUACCUCCCGUACCAGAGUUGACCUCGGAUCGGAAGUUGGAGCCUCUUCGUCUGCGAGAGAUGCGACGACGUUUAGAGAAUGGAGACACCACCCAGGAGGUGGAAACCAUUGCUCACGAAUGCAUGGAUGAAAUUGUAGAGCUUUGCAGUGACUAUAUUGGCAACACGGUGGUGCAAAAAUUAUUCGAAUUAUGUAGCGACACCACCAAGCAACACAUGCUGGAAAAGAUCGCUCCUUAUCUAGCCAUGAUCGGCGUACACAAAAACGGGACAUGGGCAGCACAGAAAAUCAUCGAUUUUGCAAAUACCGAAGCACAGAUUCAGUUGAUCCGUAAGCAUGUUGCUCCCUAUGUUCCAUUAUUGCUGUUGGAUCAGUUUGGCAACUACGUCGUUCAAUGCUGCUUACGUAUGGGUGCGAAAUAUAACAUGUAUAUUUUCGAUGCGAUUGUGGAUAAAUGCUGGGAAAUCGGACAAGGACGAUUCGGAGCACGUGCGGUGCGUGCUAUUCUUGAAAAUUCCAUUGUGACAAAGGAACAGCAGUUGUAUGUUGCUGCAGCAAUUGUACAGAACGCUAUUCUGCUGACGACCAACGUGAAUGGAACCCUCUUGUUGAUCUGGCUGCUGGAUACGUCAGAACUACAGGGAAGAUAUCGAGUGCUGUGCCCACGGUUCCUUCCGUACCUAGGCAAACUUUGCACCCAUAAACUGGGAUCUAUUACUGUGUAUAAGAUCAUUAAUCAGACGCAAGAACCGGACGCAAGUAAUCUGUUAACAAAGGCGCUUUUCGGUGAACCUGGAAUCCUCGACGAAGUGCUUCGCGAUCAAACGCAUGGUGUGAACCUCGUACAAAAAAUUCUGGGUGUGUCGCACCUCGAUCGACGACAGGAAAUCGUGCAAGAAGUGAAAGCGAGUCUUCAGCGGCUCAAGGUUCAUAAUGUUCAAGGCUACAAGAAAUUAAUGGAUGAGCUGGAGAUACCCGUGAAAUCGAGCACUGAUACUGCAUCAAAUACGAACGAUAUGACGUGGAUGGAGAAUCCGCAAGCCGUGGUUAUGAUGGCCAAUAUGUAUGCGGCGGCCAUGACUGCGGCUGCAGCGACUAUACAACAAGGCAACCGUUCUUCUUCUGACGAUCCCUCGACACUUCCCAUCAUGGAAAACAUGCCCCCAUUCGAUCAGUUACUCAAGGCCUUGCUCAACACGAACACUACACCAAAACCCAACCAGGAUAACGAUAAGACUUGA